CACUUGAGGAUGUUCCGACUUUGAGUUACUCAAAGGCAGAAUUUGAUAAAAAGUUUCAUCAAACUUUUAAAGUACUCCAUGAACUGAUGAUAUUUUCCUAGCACGUCAGAAACAGACCCUGAGGCAUAGAGACCUUAUUCUUAUCGAUGUCACCUCUUUGAUUAUUAUCAUAUAUACAGCGUAGAUUUUAAUAUCAAUCUCCUGGCCGAGUAACAAACAGUACCAGACCUAUUAGUAUUUACAGAGGAUGUAAACACAGCAAAGGUAGGGCAGGAACCCCAAAGACACAGGCUAAACUACAUGGAAAUCCAAACAUGUCCACAUUAACUACAAGGAGCACAUUGUCAGCAAGGAUCUAUAACCAAAUUUAAAAACAGCAAUAAAUGACCAUCAGGAUCUGCCCUCUAGUGCCUAAAGGCCACGAUGCAGGGGUCACUCUGACAAGAAGGGUCAAAAUGGAAUAUGCAUAGAUGCAACAAAGUAUUAGGGAUUGACAACAAUGUUGUUACAGAAAAUCUGCAGACAGUUAUUGAGCUCAACACAACACUGUCUUGUGAAUUCUAAGAGUAAACAUUUAAAGGAGGCAUGCACUGGUAUACAAUGUUUAAAAAAGUAUCAUUCAGUUACGACAAUGAAACCGCUCCACAAUAUUUCUACAUCAUGGAUAAGAAGAACUGUGUCCAUUGUCAGUGUUAGGACAUUUCAUGAUUCAGCAACAGUUCUGAGAUUGUCAGAAAGAACCAGGUACAUAAACCGAUCUGGAAAUGUUAGAAAAAAGAAGAGAAGAUUGAGGUCACAGACUGGAGUGGAAUUACGAGUCACAGCCUAUCAAACUUCAAAAGAAGACUUUGAUUUUGAGUUGUUGGAGAAAAGUCUGGAAAUGCAAAAUCUCUACAAGAUCACAGAACUUCCACCAGAUAUCGUAGAUGUUGUACAUUGCUCUCCGGUCUAUCCAGUAGAAGAACACCAGAAGGAAAUCUUUUUUACCAAACAGGGAUCUGUUGUUUUCUGGGAUGUUCCAGAAAGAGAGAGAAAUGAAGUGAUACAGUUUGUGAAACAAUUGGAUCCAGAAAAUGCUUUUGAUGACAAAUUCAUUGAAGAUGAAUCUGAGAGUAUGGUGGUAACUUUUAGUGAUAAGGAGUCUUGUAUCCUGGACAGCAACACCAUAAACAUGAACGAUGCUGUAUACACCAAACAGCAGGGGCAGCUGGAGAAGUAUGCCUGUUCCAAUGCCUUGAUGCAGUCUUUACAUUUAUCAGCUAUGGAGAAGCAGUUAGAAGAUUUCAUUGAUGACACAGAACAUCUUUCCAUGGACUUGAAGGCUGGUAAUCGUAUUCGAAUCAAACACAGAGAGGUACAGCAACAUCUAGGGAAAUUAUUUGAAUUUAGGAAAAAUUUGAACCUGUGUUCUGAUCUAUUGGACACUCCUGAUUUUUACUGGGACCGAGCAGAACUGGAAAAGUUGUACUUAGAUCUGUGUAAAAUACUGCAGACCAAAUACAGGACCAAGGUUAUGAAUGAAAAGCUGAAUUACUGUUGUGAGCUGAUGGAGUUGCUGAAUAAUAAAUUCACGGACGCCCGUCACACCAAGCUGGAGUGGAUGAUUAUUGUGCUCAUCAUGAUUGAGGUUGUGUUUGAAAUGUUCCACCUGUACAGGAACGAUUACGAUUGGUUCGUUGGUAAUCCUCAGGAUUCUUCUGAAAUAGUGGACAAAUGAACUUCAUAUACUGUGCUUCUGCUGGACAAAGUGUUUUAUACUGCAGGCAGCUGCCAGACAUGUGGACAAUAGAAAAUGUGGACAUGCCCACAGCAUUGAUUAAACCAACCAUGCUUUAAUAUGCCAUAUGGAGUGUAUAACAGCAAUAUUCACAUGCCUAAUUUCAUAAAAUUAGUUAAAUGCUGGUGUCAAAUUUAAUAAAAUGAAAAUACAAUACUGCGCAGGAGUAAAUUAUGUUACAUAAUAAAAGUAUACCUAAUGCU